AAAAAGAAAAAAAAAUUAGAAACUAUUGCUGGAAUUUCAAAUCUUCAAGAAUGGACAUGGCCUACAAAUGGUGAAAAAAUUGGAUUUAUUGCUGCAAGAGCAUUACCAGAAUUAGAAGAUUGGAAGGAAUGGUCUCUCGCUAACCUAAAUAAUAUUACAAAAUCACAAAAAACUGAAAAUCCUAAUCCUACUUCAACAAAUUAUACUCAACCCAUAAACCUUGAACAAUACCAAUUAUUCAAAAUCAAAGCUUUAGAUAAAACAGAAAAUUCUGAACCUUU